CUCCGCGGAAACAAUUUGCAGAAAAUUUUUUGUAAAAACCGGAUAAAUGGCUUUGACGGACCCUAAAAUUCCUCCACGCUUUGCAGUGUCGGAUUGGCACACAUCAAACACAAUAAUACGAACAAAUGCUGAGCGCCAGCGAGAUGCUUCGCAUCGCGUUCGUCAAGAGAGUCGAUUUCUGCGAAACGAGACCGACAAUCAUACUCGAUGGACUCAACAUGACAGCAACACAAAACUUGAAAAGAGAAUACACGACAUCAAUAACUGGAAGAAGAGUUUAGAGAGAUGCCUGGCCGAAACAGACGCCGAGAUUGCUUUAUUACAACAAGAAAAAGAACGAACAGAACGUGCACUGGAAGCAAAGAAAGUUCCCCUCGACAUCACCCUAGAAUGUUUGAUGUUGAGAGAAAACAGACAAAACAUUGAUCUUGUACGAGACGAAGUUGAAGCACAGCUUCAUAAGGUAAUGACCAAAUGAUAUUUUUUAACCAAAUUGUUAGCGAAAGACUUGAAACUCCUAAUUUUUCGAUCACAUUGAAUGUUAACUUAGAAGUAAACAAUAAAAAUUUCAAUGAUCUUCUAAUACUGGUAAAACCUCUCAAAAUUUAAAACGUCUCAUUAUUAAACAGAAAAACUUUGAUAACUGAGGAAACAUAUAGAAAAUAGGUUCCCAAGUUUUGCUCGUGGUAUUUAAAAUUCUGAUGAUGUUACAUGUAACUUCUCAUCACAUACUUCAAUAUUUAAAUUCUAAACAUUAUUCAUUGUUGAUAGGAUAACUUUUGGCUUUCUUUUUCUUUUCCUCAGGAGGUAGAAGUGAUUGAGGGAGCAAAAGCUCUUCUUCAACAGAAAGUCAGUGAAGCUUUUGAACAACUCUGGUAAGUUUUGGUGGUUAUUUUCUUGUAUAUAUCUAUCAACUUGUCUUUGUAAUGUCCAGUAUCACUCCUGAAUCAAUGGUACAAAAUUGAAACAAAGUUCAAGAUUGAAGGUAGAAUCAUUCAGCUAGGGAGGGGAAGGUUACUCUAGAGUCUCCUUAGCCUGAAGUUGUUUUAUUAUUAUAAAUCCUUAUCUUGAGAACAUCUUGAAAAAGAGAGACAGAGGUCUAGUAAAUUUGAAAAAGCCCACAAAUAGCUUAAUACUUUGGGGAUGAUAGAUGAUUUAUGAUAAAUUUUUAUUUUUUCCCCAUAUUUUGUAGUCUCCUCCAAGAAGCUCGUCAUCAACUGCAUCUUGACAUCACAGACAAGUACACCACCCUGGAGCUGGAUGGUGAAUGUUGGAGGCUAAACAACAACUCUGCCAACAUUGGCUUUCAAGUGAAUCCCACACGCACUGUCAAGGGAAGUGUUACACCUGAGACUUGGGACUCCUUCUCAAACUACAACAAACUGCGAGCAGAGGCUGAGAUGAAGGCAUCAAAGCACCUCAGAGAAGCAAUUUUUGCCACCUUGCAGCAGACAGCUAAUGAUCUUGAGGCUCAGAGACAGGCCACUGAAUAUGCAUUUCGCAAGAGGAUUCAUGAAACUAAUCAGGCCAAGUCAGAGUUGGAGUGGCAACAGAAAAAUGUAAUUUUUAAAGUCACUAUUAACUAAUUAAUGCAUCAUGUCUGGAAAAAAAAUACAGAUCUAAGUGUUAUGAGUAUGUUAAUUUUGUGUACAGGUAGUUCCAAAUGAAACGGACUAAUUAAAAAAAAACCAUACAGUCAAUUGAAUUUUACUAUUUCUGUACUACUUACCUUAACAUGUAGAACAAACUGAAUAUCUUAAAUAUUACUUUCCUUCCUUAGACCCAACAAGAAAUUUCCACAUUGGAAAAUGACAUCAAAGGAAUCAAGGAGGCAAUUGAUGCCAAGAAUGCACCAAUGAUGGUAGGUCACUAGUCCCUAUUUCUUUCUUUUUUUUUUGUUACUGAAUCUUUCUUUAAAAUUUCAUCACUUUCAGUAUCUAUGUGACCCUAUUAGAGCCCAAUGACUCAAUGUUGGUAAUUCAUUUCUUAACAAUUUAAUCACAUCCAUUUUCCCCUGGUAAUCAUGAUCACAGUCAAAGGUCACACUUUUUUAAAUUCAAAAUCCAAGUACUAAUGGCAAUCUGUUGGUGGCUGCAUUUCCAGUUGAAAUUCAAAUGUUAAAGUUGGUUCAGUAUGAUAAGUAAUCUAGUAGGUGCAAUGUUUACACUAGAUUGAUUAUAAUUAUUCUUUGACAAUAAGUUGAUUUUAUUUGUAUUUCCAGGUUGCACAAACACGCCUAGAGAACAGAACCUACAGGCCAAAUGUUGAGCUGUGUCGUGAUCAACCUCAGUACCAGUUAUGCCAUGAAGUUGCUGAAAUUGGUGGAUCAAUCAGAUCACUGAACGAGAAACUCCGUGAAGCAGAGAAUGCACUUCAGGCCCUGCGCAGUAACUUGGAAAGGAUCAAUGAGGAUCUAGCAGUCAAGAACAACUCACUUGCUUUAGAGAGCAGAAGCAUGGAAGUGCGACAAAAGAUGAAGGAAGUUCCCCACAGCAUGAUGAACACAGGAACAACAUUUCGUACCAUUAAGAAUUCAUCUCACACUCCUGUUGUGGAGAAUGCUCCCUUUGAUACUGCUAUGCAAAGUGCUGGUUCCCCUGUGCCUGUGACAUCACCUCGCAUGGCUAAUACCUACACACCACCAGCAAGUGGAAGGAGGCUGGAAACACAACUAGUUGACUGAACUAUAUGUGAAGAGUAAUUUCUCAGAUUAAGCUGUUAAGUGAAACAAAUAUGGUAUGAUUUUGUGAAAGUACUUGGUAAAAAGUCAACUCACAGAUGAAAUUUUAAUAAAAGAAUGGAAUAAACUUUUUGCUUAUCAAACAAUGAAAUGUCAAUGGAAGCUACACUGUAAAAUUUUUAUUUUUUUUUCAAAACAACCUUUUUUCAUCAAAGUGUCCUUUUAGACUUACUUAAGAAGUAUGACAAUACCAUUAAUAAUAAACUUGUUUCUCCUAUGA